GCUGGUUUUUAUUUAUUAAUUCGUUUUAGACCAAUAUUGGAUACUUAUAAUUGUGGUUGAUUUUUACUUUUAAUUGGUUGUAUAACUAUAUUUAUGGCUGGAUUGGGCGCUAAUUUUGAGUUUGAUUUAAAGAAGAUUAUUGCUCUUUCUACUUUAAGACAACUUGGUUUAAUAAUAAGAAUUUUGGCUAUAGGUUAUCCAAAGCUUGCAUUUUUUCAUUUAUUGGCUCAUGCUUUAUUUAAGGCAUUAUUAUUUAUAUGUGCAGGUUCAAUAAUUCAUAAUUUGAAGGAUUCUCAGGAUAUUCGUUUUAUAGGAUCAAUUGUUAAUUUCAUACCUUUAACUUCAGUUUGUUUUAAUGUUUCUAGUUUAUCUUUGUGUGGAAUACCUUUUUAGCGGGAUUUUAUUCAAAGGAUUUAA